CGCAGGCGCGGCGGCGGCUCCGGCUGCGGCAGCGGGAGCGGCGGGGGCAGCGCCGGGAUGGCGGCGCCGCUGAGCGACGGGGAGCGGCGGAAGCAGAUCAGCGUGCGGGGCAUCGCGGGGCUGGGGGACGUGGCCGAGGUGCGCAAGAGCUUCAACCGCCACCUGCACUUCACCCUCGUCAAGGACCGCAACGUCGCCACCCCCCGCGACUACUACUUCGCGCUGGCCCACACCGUGCGCGACCACCUGGUGGGGCGCUGGAUCCGCACCCAGCAGCACUACUACGAGCGGGACCCCAAGCGCAUUUACUACCUGUCCCUGGAGUUCUACAUGGGCCGCACUCUGCAGAACACAAUGGUGAACCUGGGCCUGCAGAACGCUUGCGAUGAAGCCAUUUACCAGUUGGGUUUGGACUUGGAGGAGCUGGAAGAAAUUGAAGAAGAUGCUGGGCUGGGAAACGGAGGCCUGGGCCGCCUGGCAGCUUGCUUCCUGGACUCCAUGGCCACGCUGGGGCUGGCGGCGUAUGGUUACGGCAUCCGCUACGAGUUCGGUAUCUUCAAUCAGAAGAUUGUUGAUGGCUGGCAGGUGGAGGAGGCCGAUGACUGGCUGCGCUAUGGCAAUCCCUGGGAGAAAGCUCGCCCCGAGUACAUGCUCCCCGUGCACUUCUACGGCCGUGUGGAUCACACCCCCGACGGUGUGAAGUGGGUCGACACCCAGGUUGUCCUUGCUAUGCCUUACGACACACCAGUGCCGGGAUACAAGAACAACACUGUAAACACCAUGAGGCUGUGGUCUGCAAAAGCCCCCAAUGACUUCAACCUCCAAGAGUUCAACGUGGGUGACUACAUCGAGGCAGUGCUGGACAGAAACCUGGCAGAAAACAUAUCCAGAGUCCUGUACCCAAAUGACAACUUCUUUGAAGGCAAGGAGCUGCGGCUGAAACAGGAGUACUUUGUGGUGGCUGCUACCCUCCAAGACAUCAUCCGCCGCUUUAAGUCCUCCAAAUUUGGCUGCAGAGACCCUGUGAGAACAUGCUUUGAAACCUUCCCAGACAAGGUGGCUAUUCAGCUAAAUGACACCCACCCUGCCCUGUCCAUCCCAGAGCUCAUGCGGAUCCUGGUGGAUGUGGAGAAAGUGGAUUGGGACAAGGCCUGGGAGAUCACGAAACGCACCUGUGCCUACACCAACCACACGGUGCUGCCCGAAGCCCUGGAGCGCUGGCCGGUCUCCAUGUUCGAGAAGCUGCUGCCCCGUCACCUCGAGAUCAUUUACGCCCUGAACCAGAUGCAUCUGGAUCGGGUGGCAGCUCUCUACCCAGGGGACAUUGACCGUCUCCGGAGGAUGUCAGUGAUCGAGGAAGGAGACUGCAAACGUAUCAAUAUGGCGCACCUCUGUGUGAUUGGCUCUCAUGCAGUCAACGGUGUGGCCCGCAUCCACUCGGACAUUGUGAAGAACUCGGUGUUCAAAGAUUUCUAUGAGCUGGAGCCAGAGAAGUUUCAGAACAAGACCAAUGGGAUCACGCCGAGGCGCUGGCUCCUGCUGUGCAACCCAGGACUGGCUGACGUUAUUGCUGAGAAAAUUGGGGAAGGCUUUAUCACGGAUCUGAGCCAGCUGAAGAAGCUACUGGAUUUCAUCAAUAAUGAGACUUUUAUCAGGGACGUGGCGAAAGUCAAACAGGAGAACAAGCUGAAGUUUGCCGCCUACUUGGAGGAGCAGUACAAGGUCAAGAUCAACCCUUCAUCCAUGUUUGAUGUUCAGGUCAAGCGAAUCCAUGAGUACAAGCGGCAGCUGCUGAACUGCCUGCAUGCUAUCACCCUCUACAACCGCAUCAGAAGUGAUUCAUCCAAAUCCUUUGUGCCCAGGACCAUUAUGAUCGGAGGAAAGGCAGCCCCUGGCUACCACAUGGCCAAGAUGAUCAUCAAACUCAUCACGUCCAUCGGUGAGGUCAUCAACAACGAUCCCUAUGUGGGGGACAGGCUCAAGGUCAUCUUCCUGGAGAACUACCGGGUAUCCUUGGCUGAGAAGGUGAUCCCGGCAGCAGAUCUCUCCCAGCAGAUCUCCACAGCUGGCACAGAGGCUUCAGGUACAGGCAACAUGAAGUUCAUGGUGAACGGGGCCCUCACCAUUGGUACCAUGGAUGGGGCCAAUGUGGAGAUGGCUGAGGAGGCAGGCGAAGAAAACCUCUUCAUCUUUGGCAUGCGAGUGGAGGAUGUGGAAGCCCUGGAUCGCCAAGGGUAUAACGCACGGGAGUACUACGAGCGCCUGCCAGAGCUGCGACAGGCUAUCGACCAGAUCAGCAGUGGGUUUUUCUCCCCUCAAGAACCUGGUUGCUUCAGGGACCUUGUGAACAUGCUCCUGUACCACGACAGGUUUAAGGUGUUUGCAGACUACGAGGCGUACAUGAAAUGCCAAGGCCAAGUGGACCAGCUGUUCAUGGACCCCCGGGAGUGGACUAAGAAAGUCAUCAGGAACAUUGCCUGCUCGGGCAAGUUCUCCAGUGACAGAACCAUCACGGAGUACGCCCGGGAGAUCUGGGGUGUGGAGCCAUCAGCCACAAAAAUCCCACCCCCCAACCUCCCCCGGGAUUGAUGCGAGCAGAGGGGGCCUCACCUGCACUUCCCCACCAGUCACACGGGCUCAGCUCUGCAGAAAUAAGCCUUUCCCUUGGGGGCAUGGGGGGGGUAGAAGGAUGCUCUGAGGAGCCUUGACUGAGGAACAGAAGCUGGGGAAGAGGAGAAAGGACCCUAUGUUUGUACCUAUGUAUCCAGCCUGCAUGUGCUGCAUAGUGCUUUUAGUGAGAUGACCACAGAUCAGUCUUCCACAGCUGUGCUCCAUGCUUAACAAGGGCUUUCCAAGUCAAUCCUCCCCUCUCUCCCUGCAUGCAGUCUGGCCUGGCCUCCUUCACCCUGCCACACAGGCAGCUGAGCCAGCAGGGCCUGUCUCGCAUCCUCCUCCAGCGGGUCUACCAGCCCCAGAGCUCGGGAGGGAAAGGGGAAGUCUGCCCCUCCGGUCACCCCCUUCCCUGCUAACACUUGGAGGGGGCAGGGCUGGCUCUUAAAGCAGCUGGCCCCAGUGCAGGCGCCCAUCUCACAUGCUGUGUGCCACAAGGAGAGGGCCUGGGAUCAGCAGCUUCCUUGCCACAGAGCUUGCCGUUGCCUCCUCCCACACCUCUCUGUUAAGUACAAGCCCAGUAACAAGCCACUCCAGCCUCUGUAUCUGCACAGAGGUCCCGGCUGCCACCAGCUGGGUCCUGUGUCCCAAGAAGGCUCUGGGCUCUCCAGGCACAGCUGUACGCUGGGUGCUGCCCAGGGGCUGAAUGUGUAUCACAGCUCUUGCCCCCCUCCGCAGCUGGGUCAUGCUGGUCCACCUGUCCCUCCCGGUGCUGGGGUCAGAAUUUAACACCAGUAAUGUCAUGUAGCACACCAGUACUCCCCUGUGUGACACCAACUCAUUAAAACAACCAGAACAGCUGCUGGUUUGACUUUGGGCUGA